AUGGACGGACUCCUCAACUUCGCUAAGAACCAGGUUCAGCAGCAGCUCUCUGGCCAGAACCAGGGCCAGCAGCAGGGCUUCAACGGCCAGCAGCAGCAGGGCGAGGGCUUCAAUGGCCAGCAGCAGCAGCAGCAGGGCGGCUUCAACGGCGGCAACCAGCAGGGCGGCUUCAACCCCAACCAGGGCUCUGCCUUCGACUUUGCCUCUCUCAUCUCCGGCGCCAACGCGCAGGGUGCGAACGGCAACCAGCUGCAGGGCAUGCUCUCGGCGGCGAUGGGCCACAUCCAGUCGAACGUCUCGCCCAACUCGUCCGUCGACGAGAAGUCAGCCGAGCAGGCGCACAACCAGGCGUACAACCAGGGCAACGCGGGCGGCCUCGACGCGCAGUCCAUGGGCGCCGCCGCCGCGAUCCAGGCGUUCAAGAGCUUCGCGUCCGGCAACGCCGGCGGACAGGAGCAGGGCCAGCAGUCGAUGAUCUCCAAGCUGAUCGGCAUGGCGCUCGCCGAGGCGAGCAAGCUCUUCAACAAGGCCGGCGGCGCGCAGGGCGGGUCGGAGCAGGACGUCCUCAACUCGGCCGGCUCGACUGUUAUGAAGCUCCUCGUCCAGAACCAGGUUCAGGGCGCGCUCUCGGGCCAGGGCGGCUCGGCGGGCGCAGCGCAGCUCAUGGGCCUCGCGUCCAAGUUCCUCGCCAAGUAA